GUGCAGGUCGUCACGGCGGACGGCGUGAGCCUCGCGUACCCCGGCACGUACGGCCUCCACGGGUGCGACCCGCACGACAGCGGGCUCGAGCCAUCCUGCAACUCGACCGGCUACCCCGUCCGGUGCGAGCACGAGUGGUGCUACGUCGACCCGGCCGCGUGCAGCACCGAGUACAGCACGACCGCGUACGUGGCCCGCGUCGCCAUCUCCGGCAUGCCGGCAGCCCACUUCACCAUCGCCUCCUCGGUCGCUGCCGCUUCCCUCGCAGUACGAGGUCGGCGUACCGUCUGCGCGUACCUGCUCGAAGGCCUACAACCGCACCGCGGCGGCUUGUCGCAGGCGACCACCGAGUGCUACACGGACAUCGCGGACGAGAGUGCGGGCGUUCGCGCUGUCACUGUCACGUCUCGGCCCGUCCUCGACAUCGACCCGACCGCCGUCAUCGCCGCUCCAGUCGACCCGGCGUUCGACCCGGCCAUGUCUGCGCGAGAAGCCCUACGCGGCGCUCUUCGGGCUCGUCCCCUUUACGAGGACGGGCUCAUGAAG